GACCCCGGCCCGAUGCGUUAUCCCAGGCUUGACUGUCAUUUACCUCCUUCUGCUCCCAGUUCUCAGUCCUUCUGCCCUUCGUACCGACCGAGCACCAGUCUCGUCAGUGCAGUAGCUCGUGUAUUUCCUUCCAACUCUACUUCAAGCCCGACAAACCCAUCCUCUGAUUACCCGUCUCUUUCAGUUUCCCCUCGGGCCCUCCUUGCCGAACGUCAUUGCUCGGCCCUGACACCGAAACUACCUACCACUAAGAACAGCCUACGCUUCCGUCUAUUCGUUCUCAACCCUUAACCAAACCCCUAGAACCUAGAGCUACCCCUUUGCUUCCACCCUCCCGAUUCUCUCUCUCAUCUUGUCCGAGUCUGUGAAUUUAUUGGCCUUGUAACACUCGUCCAACCAUUCUUCACCAUGGGUCUUCUACCUCUCACCUACCGCCGCCCGGUAUACGUCAACGACUCUGCCAGCGAGAGCUCCUCCGACGUAUCCGACAGUGGCGAUGAGAAACAUAACGGAAAUUCACUUUCUUUGCGCUCCGGGAAUGCUGGUACGAUGCCGGGCAUCCCCGAGUCGCUGACAUUCGACAAAAUCAUCAACGGCGGCACCUGCCCUCCAUGCACUGUACGCGAUUUCAUGAACUACCUCAUCUACGUUGAGUACUCUGCGGAAAACCUGCAGUUCUUCCUCUGGCACCGCGAGUAUCAGAACCGCUUCGGUGAGGCCAAGACUUCGGACUUGGCCCUUGCUCCGGAAUGGACCGAGGCUAUGGAGACCGAAGCUCUCCAGCGCCUAUCCAAGGAGAAGUCGCAGAGAGUGCACAAGAAGCCCGGCCACGAGAUCUUCAAAGGAACAGAUUUCGAGAAGAAGAGUCCCACCGCUGCCAUCAUUGAAGAGUCCAGUGCCGCCAACCCUUUUUCAACCCCACCCCGAACUCCCAAUGAUCAGGAAUCCGUCUAUACCGGCUCUCACGGCGCCUCCACCACAGCCUCGUACCGCUCCCAGGCCAGUGAUGCUUUUGCUGCCGCAGGCGCCAAGCAACCCUUUUCGAUUCAACCCUUCCGCGAAGAAAUUGAUCGCGUCAUUGCCACAUACAUCAUGGAGGGAGCGCCGCGACAGCUCAACCUCUCGGCCAAGGACCGUGAUGCUACUCUUCACGCACUGGCCUUUACCACACACCCCAGCGCUUGUCGUCUCGCAGUCAAGGUCAUUGAGAACUCGCUUCGCCAGCAAGCACACCCCAACUUUAUCCGAUGGUCGAUCUGCAACGGCAAUCCCGCCCGUGUCUUCUUUGCCCGCGGUCUGGGUGUCGGUCUCAUCAUCGCUGCCUUCCUCGUCGCCAUCCUCGUCACCAUCAGCCGUGCCGGCCGCGGCUGGAGAGCGCUGGCCGCGAUCGGGUGGGUAUUGGGCAUCUCCACGUUGGUUGCAGCCUACAAGGGCAUGUGUGUUGUUCUGCACGGCAUGCACCACCGCCACGUCCGCCCUUGGGAGCUGUUUGUCGACGAGGAGAACGAGAACGACCGCAGCAAGGCCUCGUUCGAGUCGUUCGGAUCGGCCAACAGUUUCGAAUCGGAACCUUGGGUCAUCAAGUACAAGAAGCGCAACGUCAUCCGCAAGGUCUUUGACCGCGAGGUCUGGAUCGAGGAGCCUGCUCUGCGCACCAUCCAGGAUACCAUCUUCGUGCAGGCCAUGCUGUGUGCCCUGCUUGUCGGUGGCAUCUUUGCCGCCAUAUUUGUCGCGAUUCCCAGCAACGGCUACUUCUAAGCUUGUCGCUCCUCUAAGCAGGUUAUUGUAAGUCUUUGAGAUUUUUGUUGGAGUCUUCCAUAAGGGGUCGUUUGACUGGUUUGCAUGGAUGUGCCAAGUACCAUGAAUCCUAUCAAACUCUGCUGUCCCCAGAGGACUUGUAUUUAUGGCGAGGUUUAAUUGGUAUAGGGUUUUGCUUCGUCUCGAAAAGAUUUGUGAUGGUCACAUGGUAUAAUCUAGUUUCCAUCAUAUAUUUGUUAUUUCAACAUGUCUCGCUAUUACGUUGUGGACAUCAGCUCUGAAUAUCAAGUCAACCUACUAGAGAUAUUCCGCGACAUUCUGGC